AACCUGCACUUGUGUUAUAUCGAUGCGAUCCUCUAUCAUAUCGAUUUAUUUAACGUAAGUAUUCACAAUAAUCCACGAGUAAUGAAUAUAAUCCUCUUGACCGAGAUUAAUCGGAUUUAUAAACUUUUCAGCUGGCCGACAAACGAUUUCUUUAAAAAUUGAAACGCACGAAAACUACAUAGAUCGAAUCAUAAUUUUUUUCAUUCUUUUUUUUCCUUUUUUUCUUUUUUUUUUUUUUUUCAUAGAAUAAUUUUAAAUUCUAAAACACUUAUCCAAACAAAACUCGAAGAAUCAGGCGUAAAAUUAUAACAUCGUCCAUUCUUUCAUCGCUUUUGUAAAAGCCAGCAUCGCUUGGCGUGACCAGAUUUACACUCCAUUAUCACUAUUCUCAAAAGGGAAUAUCCUUGAACCAAGAGGCAAGAGAAUAAUCGAAAAAGGAAUAUAGGGAGCAAAUUGAUCUGGUAGAUUAAAAAAGAAAAAAAGUAUAUAUAUAUAUAUAUAUAUAUUAGCACGUGGUUCGUCGAUUUCUUGACAAUGGAAUCGCAAUCUACUACGCCGUUACUACGCGUAUAAACGGGGGAGUUCUACGAUACAGUGGCAUGGUCUCUCGCGCAUGCUGUUUCUCUCUGUACGCUUGGUUUUAGCCGCUAGCUAUGACUAGGUAGAGGAGGAGGCGGCUACCAGUGCGGUCGGAGGAAAGAGGGUAGUUUCAUCCGGGCUUUAUAUAAGGGUAGGUAGACUUUGAAACUUGGCCAUACAUUUGUUUUUGAUCGAGCCGAUUUGUGCUCCUCCGCCGACGAGGGAUAAGAAGAAAGACAGAAUACCAAAAAAUUCCUUCGAAUUACGAGUGUGUGUACGUGCACGCUCAGUGUCAAUCGGGGAAAACACGUGGUGUCCAUCCAUUCCCUUUGUUCUCUUUCUCGAUUUUUCCAUUUGCCUCGAUAUACUUUACUACUCGUGCAAGCAAGGUGGCAAGGAAGGGCAAAGGGAUAGAAAGAGGGGAGAGAAAGAGACGGAAGGAGAGAAGGAAUGUCUUUGAACCGGAGCACAAUGGAGCAUGUUAUUUACGAGGAUCAAGUAAGUCCGGUGAUGUACAUCGGUGCCGCGAUCGCGUUGGGAUUUAUAGGAUUCUUCGGGUUCACUGCGAAUCUCUUGGUGGCGAUCGUGAUCGUCAAGGACGCGCAGAUACUCUGGACCCCUGUGAACGUGAUUCUGUUUAAUCUAGUCUUUGGCGAUUUUCUGGUAUCCAUAUUUGGAAAUCCUGUCGCGAUGGUCUCUGCCGCCACUGGUGGAUGGUAUUGGGGCUACAAAAUGUGUCUCUGGUAUGCCUGGUUUAUGUCCACUCUGGGAUUCGCCAGUAUCGGGAAUUUAACAGUGAUGGCUGUCGAGCGUUGGCUGCUGGUGGCUCGACCGAUGCAAGCUUUAUCCACAAGACACGCGGUCAUACUGGCGUCCUUUGUCUGGAUAUACGCGCUAUGCCUCUCUUUGCCGCCAUUGUUCGGCUGGGGAAGUUACGGGCCGGAGGCGGGGAACGUAUCUUGCAGCGUGUCCUGGGAGGUCCACGAUCCCGUAACCAAGAGCGAGGCCUAUAUAGGAUUCCUGUUCGUGCUCGGCCUGAUCGUCCCAGUUUUCACCAUCGUUUCCAGUUACGUGGCAAUCAUACUGACCUUGAAGAAAGUGCGCAAGAGGGCAGGUGCAAGUGGAAGGCGCGAGGCGAAGAUUACGAAAAUGGUUGCGUUAAUGAUAACGGCUUUCUUACUCGCUUGGUCACCUUACGCUGCCCUCGCGAUCGCUGCGCAAUAUUUCAACGUGUCAUUAACACGCUCAGCGCCAUGACCGGAUGCAUUAAACGGCCUCGAGAAGAGAGAGAGAGAGAAAGAGAUAGGGAAGAAGAAAAGGAGGAGGAGAAGAAAGAAAAAAAACAGUUAAUUUUUUUCAUUCAAAUUUCUAGGCGAAACCAUCGGCGACCGUGGCCGUGCUCCCAGCCUUGCUGGCCAAAUCCUCCAUCUGCUACAAUCCUAUAAUUUACGCCGGUUUGAACAACCAAUUUUCCCGCUUCCUGAAGAAGAUCUUCGACGCGCGAAGCUCGAGAACCGCGGUCCCCGACAGCCAGCACACAGCGUUGACCGCGAUGAACAGGCAGGAGCAAAGGAAAUGAGGACCGCUAUCCAUCGAGCGAGCCAAGCUUCAAGCUGAACGCUCAACGAAUCGUGAAAUCGUUGGAUAUAAGCGUUGUUCCAACGGAACGUACAUCGAUAUAUCAAAAGAUAAUUUAAUCUCAAUAAUAAACUCGCCUCUUUCUUUUCUUCUUAACCUUAA